AUGGACGAGCCGGUUGUCUCCUUGGAGCACGGCUGCCCUUUCUGUCACAUCGCAAAGACGUUCCCCACGUACAACCCGACUGUUCCUCCACACGCAUCGCAUCCUUCGAUAAGCCCUGCUAGCACCGAACCCCAGCCCGCAGCCUUCGUCAUUCUCUCCACACCCAUCGUCGUCGCGUUCCUCGAUAUCCUGCCACUAUCUCGAGGACACGUCCUGCUCUGCCCUCGCAAGCACCGACAAAAGCUCACAGAGGUAUCGGCGGAGGAGUCUGCCCAGCUGGGGUACUGGCUACGCAUACUCUCUGCUGCAAUCAGCAAGGCGACGGGGGUACACGACUGGAACGUCGUCCAGAACAAUGGCGCAGCGGCCGCGCAGGUCGUACCGCACUGCCAUUUCCACAUUAUUCCCCGGCCAGAGCUGAGAGAGCAGGGUCGGUGGAGCUCGCAAUUCACAAUGUUUGGUCGCGGACAGCGCGCGGAACUGGACGACGACGAAGCUGUCGAGGUCGCGGCCAAGAUACGCACGGCCGUAGCCGAGGUGUUGAAGGAUGAAUCAAGCCAGCCAAAUCUUUGA